AUUUAAUAAAAGCCCUCACCUCAUUCGAUAAUUAUAUUCUCAUUUUUAGCCCUUUCGAAAAACCCACAUAGCCCAAUUGUCCAUUGAUAAACCUUUUGCCGCCAUUGUUCCUCUGCCUUCCGCCGCCUCUACUCACUCUGUCGCCUGUGCCGCCGACGCCGAAUCCCUCUUUCAGUUAAGAGGAAACUUGUGCAAAAUUAUAGUAAAAAUUUCAUAAAAGGGGUUAUGGAGAUAAAUUUAAAGGGUCUCCCUUUUGACUUGGACUUCCACCCGUCUGAUUCUCUGGUUGCCACUGGCUUAAUCAAUGGAUAUCUCUUAUUGUAUCGCUAUGCUGCUGAUGCGGAACCACAACGUUUGCUGAAAAUCCGUGCUCACAAGAAGUCUUGCAGAGCUACCCGGUUCAUAAAUGAAGGACACGCUAUUGUGACGGGAUCCCCAGAUUGCUCAAUUCUUGCUACUGAUGUCGAAACUGGAACAAAGAUUGCUCAUCUUGAGAAUGCACACUCAACUCCGGUCAACAGAAUAAUCAACUUAACAGAAGCGACCAUUGCCUCAGGGGAUGACUCAGGAUGUGUUAAGGUAUGGGAUACCAGGCAACAGUCAUGUUGCAAUACUUUUCAAGUUCAUGAGGAAUACAUAUCAGAUAUGACAUUUGCUUCAGAUUCAUCGAGACUUUUGGCUACAAGUGGAGAUGGAACUCUCUCUGUAUGCAAUCUUCGGAGUAGUAAGCUCCAAGCGCAAUCUGAAUUUUGCGAGGAUGAACCACUCUCGGUAGUCAUAAUGAAGAAUGGCAGAAAAGUUAUUUGUGGUACUCAAACUGGUGCAUUGUUGCUAUAUUCAUGGGGAUUCUUCAAAGAUUGCAGUGAUCGGUUUGUUGAUCUGAGCCCAAACCCAGUAGAUGCUCUCUUAAAAUAUGAUGAAGAUAGACUCGUUACUGGAUCAUCAAAUGGGCUCAUCAGUUUGGUGGGCAUAUUGCCCAACAAAAUCAUUCAACCAAUUGCAGAGCACUCGGAAUACCCAGUUGAACGUCUUGCUUUUUCACAUGAUAAGAAGAUUCUUGGAAGUAUAUCUCAUGAUAACACAGUGAAGUUGUGGAAUAUGGACGAGUUACUGCAAGGUCCUAGCACGGUGACCAAAAACGGAACAGCUGCAUCAGAUAGCGAUAGUGAUAGUGAUAGUGAUGGUGAUGGAAUGGAUGUUGAUUCUGAUCUUCCAAAUGCUCGAGGCACAAAGAGGAAAAUCAUCGGUAAUGGGAACGGGCAAGCUUCUAGCAGUUCUUUCAGCAGUUUCUUCUCGGAAUUGUAACAUUUUAUUUGAAAUUAUCUGCAAGGCACAUUGCCAUACAAGUCCUCUAAAAGUGUUAUUAUGGUGUCAAUUAAGGUUAUACGGUUCGACUUUCUCUCGAUGAAUAGUUCUAAUGGAAAUUUUGUUGGGCUUUUAUUAUGAUUCUUAGUUAAUGAAUUCAACCAAGUAAUCUUUAGUUUGCAACGAGCGAGAGUGAUGAAAGACUGUAAUUGUACUAAUGAAAUUUUAAGUUUUCUUGGAAAAAAUACUUUGACAUCCAACAUGUCUUUCGGAAAA